AUGAACACUUGGAUCGAUCGUUCUUACGUCGAGUCAGAGGUAUACGUCAAGUAUCAGAAGGAACAGGACGCAAUCAAUGGCAUCGUAGAGCCAACAAAAGAGGAAGGUGCAGCUGCCGACGACGACGACGAUGAUGACGAUGACGAAGAUGAGAACAAUGACGAAGUCAACAACAAGAACUCAACACAGACUACAACAACUACAACUACGACAACAUUGAAAGGAUCAACGAUCACAGACAUCAACAAAAAGAAAUAG